AUGGGCUCAAAGCAAUAUUCCAAGUACUUGCUCCCCUGCGGUGGGGCCAUUGAGGUUGGUGGAGCUGAGCGUGUGCAAGUUCCGACCCUGGUAUCUCUACAGAAACUCAGCAAGGUCCUGCACAUUCACGCCCACUGGCAAGACUCGAUAUAUCAGGGCCUCAAGACAUGGGAGCUCAGGAAUCAGCCGUGGUCCUUUAAAGGGAAGAUCGGCUUGUGGCACGACUCCACCUUGUGCGGAGAGGUUGCAGUCACAGGCUGCUCUUUGAUUGCCUUGCGCAGUGAUGAUGGAGAAUGGGAGUCCUACGACACCUCGGAACAGGCGCAGAAUCUUAGCCCACUACGGCCCGAGAACAUGCUCAAGCACAGAGUCCCAGCAGAAACUCUUAAGGUGCUGGCUCAGGGGUGGAAUCGCAUGUAUGCCUGGUUCCUAGAGGAGCCCUACAGAUAUGAGCAAGGCAUUCCCAUUAAGAUCCGAAAAGGAUGCCAGAAGAUCCAAAACAUGGAUCCGGAGACUUGGAGUGCAGUGUGGAAGGACUUUCAGAUGCAGAAACCAGAUCAAAAACCAGAUGUGAGGCAACACACAUUGCCAAAAAGACUCACUGUCCUGUCCGUGAACAUGCGAGAUGCAAACAAAAUUCUUGAAGGUGAUCUGUCUUUGCUGCUGCAAAGCUACAAGCCAGACAAAUGCGGGGUGGCAUAUCUUGCAUUCCAUCAGUCCGGAUCGGCAUUUCUCCUGGGCACGGUGGAUAUUGUCCAGGUGCAGGAGAUCAAGAGUUUGCCAGCCUUGCGCAAAUUGGAGCGAGAAGGCUACAUCCACGGUUUGGAACCUACAUCUCGGCACAUGCUGGCACUGAAAGAAGGGAAGCGACUUCAGGCAUGGAUUAUCAAGGACCAGCAGCACCUCAACCCUCCAUUCACAUGGAAGACUGACGCUUUGUUGCCUCUUCCAGCAACAUGGCUGAAGGGCAAUAUGCCGAGCUUGUCUUUGGUGCAAAUAUCGCACUACUUCAUCGAUCGGCUUUCUGCGCAUGAAUACCAACAGCUGGAGGCCAUAGCUCAUGGAUUGAACGGGAGAAGUGUCCCCGUGGCAUCAACAUGCAGCGGUCUAGCCACAGCUGGCCAUUGCGUCAAGGCACUUUUCCAAGCGAUCAAUCAGCGCUUCAACACAGACGUGCAAGCAAGCUGCGAGUUUGCUGUUGAAAUUGAACCUUGGAAACAGCAGUUCAUUCUAGAUGCCCAUGGAGACCAAAUUCGCCAUUUGUUUGCAGAUGUGAAGUGCUUCAAGGAAAAGCAUGCAUUUUGCUUGCGUGAGCAGCGAACAGUGAAGAUCCCUUCAGUCUUUCUGUUGAUCUCCAGCCCGUCGUGUGUGAAUUUGUCGGGCCAACGGAUUGACCGAGAAGGAUUUGCAUCAUGCUAUGAAGGUGGAGUAGACUGUGAGUCCGGGGUCACAUAUGAGUAUGGCUACAAACAGGCAACCAUCCAGACUCAAGCUUCAGUGACAAUCUACGAAAACGUUCGGGAUGACUUCGCCCAGUUCAAUCAUGUUUUCGAGUACACCAAAGCUGACUCCUGCAGUUUCCUCAUGCCCCAGCGGCGUGAGAGAGUCUGGGGCAGCAGUUGCCUUGGGGAGGACAAGGAUACUUACCCAUUGAGAAUGAGAUUGACACUACAACGCGUGCAAUCCACCCAGCGAUUUCCACUUCGUUCCAUUUUGAGAGAUGAUCUUCCAGAGGAGGAUGAACCAACUGGGGAAACGGUGCAAAAGCAUUUUCAAUCAAUCAAAGCGGCAUGUGAGUCUCGGAGGGUGAGUCUUUCCAGUGCAACCUUUGACACAUCCACCAGUAGGAGCCGCAAGCCAGAAUUUGCUAUUGAUAUGCUCACUUGCAUCAGACCCAGCCAUCGAAUCUGGGCAUUUGGCCCCAAGCGCUAUGUUGACCCUCAAGAGAUGCUCAAAGCUCAUGGAGUUUUUGCUCAAGAGCUGCCAAACCCAAGUGCACUGCAGGAUUUGACUAGUUCUCAGGCCCAUGAUUUUGCUGGACAUGCUUUUUCCACAAGUGCAUUGGUUGCAAAGGUCUUGUGCACCAUGGUCAAUGCUAAUGCGUGGAGGCAGCUGGCAAAGUGCACACCUUUGUCAAGCGAAGGGAUCUUGCAUGAAUGCAUGAACCAAUCCAAGAAAAGCAAGAGAGAUGCACCAACUCCAGGUGAAGGGUGUUCCACCAGCGGCAAGAAGCAAAAAACUCAGAAGAGAGGCCAGAAGAGGCCGACUCCAGACGAGCCAGAUGAGCCGGGAAACCCUCCAUUGCAGGAAAAACAAAAGAAGACCAAGCAGGGGCACAACAUGAAGGGCAGCGUUUUGACCAUUGGAAAGAAGAUGGAGAUUCUGAAGGAGUAUGAAGAGUUGCAAAAGACUUGCAAGCAUCAGGAGAAGGACUGUGGAGGAUCAGAGGAAGAAAUUCAGCAGCUCUCUGCUCGCCAAGCUGCCCUGAGGGCAAGCUGGCCCCAUCCUGUGAAGCUGGCUGAGUCCCAGCGCGCUUUGAACCAGGCAGCGCUCUCCUUUGCCGACAAAUAUGGUUUCUCCAUGUUCAAGCAGGACAAGCCAACAAGGCACUUGCCGCGCAGUCACCCUGCAGUUCAGCAUGUGAAUGACUGGAUCUGCUCCAACAUCCAGCAGGGCCAUGUGGACAACCGGUUGGUGGGGAACUGGGAUCAGGUGUGGACGUGCCUGUUCGAGCCCAUGAGAAAAACUUUGAGUAAGACAACAGAUCCUGGUGCCAAGGAUCCCCUCACAAAGUACCCCCAAAGACAGGUGAUCCGUGAAGCGCUCGACGAGCACUUUGGAGAUACGAUUGAGAUGCCUCAACAUCAACGGAACUCUAAGUGGCAGAACAAGCUUGCUGACAUCCGUGGCACUGGUUUUGGCUAUGUGACAAUUCCUGAGAACAGUGUGUCCCAAGAGGAGAUCAAUGAGCUCAAUAAAGAGCAUGCUGGAAUCUUGGUCGUGACCACAAGUGGCAGUGACAGUCAUAUGUGGAAUGGAGCAACGACUGUUCGAUUUUUGGAACACAUGACCAUGGAGGUGCGGAAGCAGCGAGCCAGGUUUGGCCUUGACUCAACUUCCAAACCUAUGCUUAUUUGCGAUAGAUGCACAAGCCAUGUGAGCCAAACCUUUCUCACUCUUCGCAAACAGUGGGCUGUUGAGAACAACGUCCUUUUGGUAGGAGCAGAUGCUACUUCAGACUACCAGGUGCCCGGAGGCUGGGGCCUCAGCUCUUCACCAAACGAUGGUUGGCAGGGGCACUGGCACAUGAUUCGUAUGGCAUACCUCAGGUGCAGCUUGUCUUUACCUCUGAACCCUUUGUACCAGAAAGAGGUUGAAGAGCAAGAGAUUGCCCCCGGGGCAAUACCAAUGAUUUCUUACCCUUUGAGAACCAGCCUAGCAGCAGAUGCCUUUGCUUUCACAAAGCUGCAGGAGUACAAACAAGGCAAAGUGAUCCUUUGGGCAUGGCUUUCGCGUGGCUUCCUCACGGAGCAAACUGCUGCAAACUGGUACUUCGAGGGUGACCUGGAGAAGCUCGCAGAAUACAUGAAGGUUGCCAGAGGUAGCUACCAGGAGCUUUUGAGGAUGAACCAACUUCCCUCUCUCGACAAGAGUGCCUACAGAUUGGCAUGGGAGAAGGCAGCGGCCCCAAUGAAGGGGGAGCAUAUUCAUGCAUGGUAUGUCAAAAUGGAGACUGCAGAUCCGCUACAGCUUCCACGUUGGUUCAACGCUCCCAUUGAAGUCACCAUGUCUUACUGGGUUGAGUCAAGACGCAAAUGGGAUGCAGCCUUGGCAGCCAGGGCCAAACUGGGCAAGACCCUCCCACCCAAGUCAGCCAAGGCGUACCAGUCUUUUGUGGAUGCACCAUACCGCAAGGUUGUCCUUGACAUGGUGGGCAAGCAACAGGUCGUGAAGCCAUCCGCAGCUACAGGCGCAACAUUGCAGCGCUGCAUGGUGCUGGAGCUCAAAAUGUCGCUUGACCCAGCACAUCUGGCACUGCGCUUUGGACAGGGCCCAUUCUACCAUUUGUUUAUCAGACAAUUCGAGAUUCAAGAGGCCAGGUGCAACCAAUUGGGCAAGAAAGGUCUUGAAUUUCAGGAGUUGUUCAUUCUUUCAAUGCAGAAUGGGUGGUAUAUUUUUUUGUUGUUGUGGGGGGAAAUGUACAUAGAAUAUGGACGUUUGAUGUUCCGAGCGUGCUUUGAUAUUUAG